CGAUCGACUGAAGCUCCUUCGGACGAGGAAGAACCGUCCCCGCUACUUGCUUACCCUCCUGCUUAGCAACUUUGGGUUUCCCUUUGACGAGAGCUUUCGAAACAAACUGCAAAGGGAAGACAGAGGACUGGAAAAGAGGCCAAGGACGGAGUGGGGGGAAAAGAAGCGGCGAGAAGACAGGGGAAGUGGCCCAAGGGAGAUGAGGCAUCGCUGGAGGGUGGGUUCCUGCCUCUUGCUGUCCUCAGAGGCGUCUGGAAAUCUGGAUCUCCGAGUCGGUGGAUUCGAGCCAUGGAGAUCCAGCAGAUUGUCCCGAAGGGUUGCGACGACCCUCCAGGGGUAGAAUGGAAUGGCUCUUAAUCCUUAGAGCCCAAUCUGGGGAGGCGACCACUGGGAGAAGUCUGGGGGGACUUCCUGGAGCAGGGGGAGGAAAUCGGUUGUGUAGGUUUUGGGAGCCUCCGAGGCGCCUGAAUAAUCCCGCAACUUGUAUGGCUGGCGGUGGGAGAGCGGCUGGGAGAGAAGCGCCUAGCAUCGGUGGAGGGGGAGGUGGCUGAGGUGGGAAGGCAGAGAGGGAGGAGGGGGGUUUCUCCUAACGUGCCGGGCAUUUGGCUCUCCAGUGAUGUGGAGACUGAGUGUUUGGUGGCUCCUGAGCAGAGUCUGUCUGCUGUUCCCGCCGCCCUGCGCCCUCGUGUUGGCCGGGGUGCCCCUCUCUUCUUGCCACCCGCAGCCUUGCCGGAUCCUGAAACGGAUCGGGCAUACGGUAAGGAUCGGGGCGGCGCACCUGCAACCUUGGGCUACCUCCCAAGGCGGGGCAGGAGGCUGGAGAGCUCACAAUGACAUCCCGCUUCGAAGCGACUCUGCCGGGGAAGAAUCUGGGUGGCAGGACCCCGGGACUUCAGAGAGGUGGAAAAGUGGGACCAGUGUGAGAAGGAGAGCGCACCUGGGCACCGAGAAUCUGAUCGACAAAGAGAGUCCGGACCAGGCGCCACAAGCGCCUCUAAUACCGAGGGAGGCGCUCCUGUUGGCGGUGGAGAACCUCAACCGCGUCAAGGGGCUUCUGCCCUACAACCUUUCUCUGGAAGUGGUGAUGGCUAUCGAGGCGGGCCUGGGUGAUCUACCUCUUUUCCCCUUUUCUUCGCCCAGCGCCUCCUCCUGGAGCAACGACCCGGUCUCCUUCUUGCAGAGCAUCUGCCACACUGUGGUGGUACAAGGGGUCUCGGCCAUUCUUGCCUUUCCGCAGAGCAGAAGCGAGAUCUUACAGAUGGACUUCGUCGCCACCGCUUUGCACAUUCCAGUGAUCAGCAUCGUACUCAAUGAGUUUCCUCGAAAGAGUCAGAAUCCCCUUCACCUGCAGUUGAGUUUAGAACGUUCCCUGAGUUUUGAUGCUGAUGUCACUUUUUCAAUCUUGGCCUUGAACAACUGGUAUAAUUUUAGUUUGAUGGUGUGCCAGGAAGAAUGGAACAUCACAGAUUUUCUCUUCCUUACUCAGCAGAGCUCCAAAUUUUAUUUGGGAUCCAUUAUAAAUAUCACAGGAAACCUCACAUCCGCCAGUGACCUCUUGACCUAUCUGCAAUUUCAUCUGGAGAACAUUAAGGAUACAACAUCAACAGUGGUGAUGUUUGGCUGUGACAUGGAAAGCACAAGGAGGGUUUUUGAGAUAACCACACAAUUUGGAGUUAUGCCGCCUGAACUUCAUUGGAUUCUUGGGGAUUCGCACAAUGUAGAAGAGUUGAGGACAGAAGGUUUGCCGCUGGGUCUUAUAGCUCAUGGGAAAACGACACAGUCUUUUUUUGAAGAUUAUGUGCAGGAUGCAAUGGAGCUGGUAGCUAGAGCAGUUGCUUCAGCUACAAUCAUCCAACCAGAACUGGCUUUGAUUCCGAGUACAACCAAUUGCUUGAACACAGAGGAAAAAAAUCUCACAUCAGGCCAGUAUUUAUCAAAGUUUUUAGCCAACACUACGUUCCAUGGGCUCAGUGGCCACAUCAGAGUAAAAGGUUCUUCCAUCAUUAGUUCAGAAAACAAAUUCUUCAUUUGGAAUCUUCAACAUGACCCUGUUGGGAACCCAAUGUGGACUCGCUUGGGGAGUUGGCAAGAAGGCAAGGUUGUCAUGGAUUAUGGGAUCUGGCCAGAGCAGGCUCAGAGGCACAAGAAUCACAACCAGCAUCCAACUAGGCUACAUCUGAGGGUGGUGACGCUCAUUGAACAUCCCUUUGUAUUCACCAGAACUGUGGAUGAUGAAGGAUUGUGUCCUGCAGGACAACUCUGCCUGGAUCCCUUGACCAAUGAUUCAGCUAUGCUGGAUGCUCUUUUUGAAAGUCUCCAAGGAGGCAACGACACAAUGCCCACCAAAUUUAAGCAGUGUUGCUAUGGCUACUGUAUAGACCUAUUAGAAAAGUUGGCUGAAGAUAUGAACUUUGAUUUUGACCUGUAUAUCGUCGGUGAUGGGAAAUAUGGUGGUUUGAAAAAUGGCCAGUGGACAGGAUUGGUUGGUGAUCUUCUGGCUGGGACUGCCCACAUGGCGGUAACAUCCUUCAGCAUCAACACAGCCCGUAGCCAAGUGAUUGAUUUCACCAGCCCUUUUUUUUCCACCAGUUUGGGCAUCCUGGUGAGGACCAAAGACACAGCUGCUCCUAUUGGAGCAUUUAUGUGGCCGCUCCACUGGACCAUGUGGCUGGGCAUCUUUGUAGCUCUACACAUCACUGCAAUCUUCCUGACUCUGUAUGAAUGGAAGAGCCCCUUUGGAAUGACCCCAAAGGGUAGAAACAGGGAUAAGGUUUUCUCCUUUUCCUCUGCUUUGAAUGUCUGUUACGCCAUCUUGUUUGGGAGGACAGCUGCCAUCAAACCUCCAAAGUGCUGGACAGGAAGGUUUCUAAUGAAUCUCUGGGCCAUUUUUUGUUUAUUUUGUCUCUCCACAUACACUGCUAAUCUGGCUGCUGUUAUGGUGGGAGAGAAAAUCUAUGAAGAAUUGUCUGGAAUACAUGACCCCAAGCUGCAUCACCCUUCCCAGGGGUUUCGCUUUGGAACUGUGAAAGAAAGCAGCGCUGAAGAUUAUUUCAAGCAAAGCUUUCCAGACAUGCACGAGUACAUGAAACGGUUCAAUGUACCUGCAACUCCCGAUGGAGUGGAGUACUUGAAGCAGGACCCAGAGAAAUUGGAUGCCUUCAUCAUGGACAAAGCCCUUCUAGAUUAUGAGGUAUCCAUUGAUGCUGAAUGUAAACUUUUGACAGUGGGAAAACCAUUUGCAAUUGAAGGGUAUGGUAUUGGCCUGCCUCCAAACUCUCCACUAACCUCAAAUAUUUCUGAACUGAUCAGCCAGUAUAAAUCCCACGGCUUCAUGGAUGUCUUACAUGACAAGUGGUACAAAGUGGUACCGUGUGGGAAAAGAAGCUUUGCUGUGACCGAGACCCUGCAAAUGGGCAUCAAGCAUUUUUCCGGGCUGUUUGUGAUGCUGUGUGUUGGAUUUGGUCUGUCUAUUCUCACUACCAUCGGAGAACAUAUCGUAUACAGACUGAUGAUACCACAAAUUAAAAAGAAAUCCAAGAUGACAUAUUGGCUCCAUACAAGUCAGCGACUACACCGCGCUCUAAACAACUCAUUUACGGAAGACAAGCACCAGCUUAAAACAAAGCCAGUUGAAAAGAAGUCCAGUCCCAGAAACAGUCAGGUUUCAGUAUGGAACACCACUAGCCCUGGCAACUGCCAUAGAAGGAAAUACGUCUGCAGUGUUGAAAAACCCAGUGAAGUAAUGCUCAAACAACUGCGGCAUGAUAUAGCUUUUCCCGCCUUGAAAAGAGACUCUCCAGGGACUACCAAUGGGAAAGCAGAAGCUCUGAAUACUGCUAGGACCUCAGUGAUCCAGGAACUCUCAGAACUGGAGAAGCAGAUUGAAGUGAUCAAGCAGGAACUGCAGUUAGCCAUGAGCAGAAAACUGGAGCUGGAGGAAUUUCAAAGGACAAAUAGGACUGUAGAGCUUUGAGGGGUUCAUCCUCAUUCCAUCUUUGACUGUAAUAAUUUUACACCCUCACCUUUGGGUUUUAUUUUUGUGUAAUGCCAAGAAGUGGCGCCGCAGUCAGCAAGCAAUAGCUCUACAAUAGCUCCUACCUUCCUGUAAAAUCAACACUAACAAAAGAUGGCUGUGUUCUAGUUACCAGAAUACUUCAAAGUACCAACAGGUCCUUCUCUGUGGGAAGUUUUAGCCUAGUCAAAAGGCUGAUCUCAGGCUACAGGAAUUUGAAAUCUCCAGACCACACCGCACCUAUUCUCCUUCUCCCUAGAAUUAAAUGAAUUUUCCACUUUUAAGGGGGUUUUUUCCUGCAUUAAUUAAAACAAAAGAGCAAGAGCCUUUAAAAGAUUAUUCGGAAUUGUUCUCUGCAUGGAUUUUGCUGUUCGGAGUUUUUAAACUUAUAUAGUUGUGUCUCAAACUGUGACUCUGAGGGUCCUGUAGGUGCUGGCCUUCUCUGUAAUUUCCAUCAGUCAAAGUCACAAGAGGGGUACAGAUAUUCCCUACAAAAUCAGAUGCAAAGACUAAACACAUUGGUAAGGGUUUUAACUAUACCCAAAAAAAUGAUACCACUCUCGGAGGGAAAUCCUCAGGAUAGUUUUCAAAGAUUGGGGACUGAGGGAAGAACCUAUGGAAUUCUGUCACAUCUAAAGACAAACAAGGAAGAAUGUGUUCUGAAUGUUCAUCCACAAUUUAAAAAAGUAAACUGGUUUUGGUUCAACCUUUUGCUGUUCCAAGGCAUUAUGUAACCCCAUACCAAGCAUCUUUUAUAUGGAGAUAUACUCAGAAUAUAGCUUCCUGUCUCCAAGUUAACUGGUAAAGCCCAGCACUCUGAUCAUUCUAACUAUUUUUGAUAAUAUGUGCAGAUUGCUUCUCACUGACAGAUACCAUCUUAUAUUCCCUGCUAUUUCCAUUUUCAGAAUUGUCAAAGUUAAGGUCCACCCAAUUUUCUCUACUACGUAAAAUAAUUCUACAGCCACGCUCAGCAGACAUUGUAGAUACAUACUCUUAAUUUUGUUCAAAGGUAGUAUUUUAAGAUUAUUUCAUUUUAAGUUCCAAACAGAGUAGGGCUGUAUUUUUUGAGUGGUUCACUUAAAACAAACAAGCAAGCAAGCCUUGAAUUGUAAAACACUUUGCUUCAAUGUGUUGAGAGCUUACAGAAAAUGUUGUACUUGGCAAAGCAUUCAAAAUGCUUUCCUGUCUCCUCACAUUUACUUCACAAUUAGCUUGCGACCAGCAGAGGAACGUGGAAGUAAAACCAUUAAGUCAUGGUCACGUGAGGUUUCGCUUAAUGACCAGAGCAAAUACCCAGUCGUGCAUUAUCACAAUCAUGUGAUUUACUUAGCUUUGCAAAUUAUUGAGAAUUGUAAAUGAAAAGUAUAAAAACAAACGCAAAGGAUGACAUUUCAAAUAGCAAAAUACAAAAAGAAAACUGUGGCAGUGUGAAAGGAGUUUCUCUUUUUACACUUUUUCUUUCUUGUUCUUUAGAGGAGUUGCGACAGAAUUGCUCGUUCCAAUUGUGGUUGCUAAGAACGGACUAUUUGUAUAUUCUCUGGACAAAGAUCUCUGUUUUACCACUUUUUUUAGAUUCGACCCUUUUCCAGGUCUUUGCUUCCACAAAAUAAUCCUCUUGCUGUCCUUAACAGGAUAGAUGGCCUGAGCUCAUUUUUUUAAAUGUCAAUGGAGAAAUUUUAAAGCUACCAGUUAAAAUAUUCUUUAAAGAGUUUUUCCGUUAGCGAAGUCUUACUUAUAUAUAUAAAUAUCCCUUGUCAUGUUCUGAUAACCUAUCAUUUUAGGCUGGUGGUGGGGAAACUCUGAUCCCUCAUUAGUCCAAAACUAACCCUAAAUGUUUUUUGAAGAUUGGUGGUAUCCUUCAGUGAAGUGUGUUGUGUAAGUUGCCAGUGAUGAUGGCUUGCUCUCCAGUUGUUAAAUGUGUAUACUUCAUGCGGGUGCUAUACAAGCAGUGGGUGCAACAAUAUAUGGUGUACAACCAAUCAACGUUACC